GGGCACCGGCAGGGCUGGGCUGGCAGGGGCUGCGGGUCGGGAGUGAGGGGCAUGGCAGGGCUCGGGGGGGGAGCCCAGUGGGUUUCUCCUUCCAGCCCCACAUGUUCAGUUUUAUGAUCCCUGAAACAGGAACCGCUGAACGUCCCUUCACAAACCGCAGGCCGGGGGGGGGGGCGUAGAUGGGGGGGGCUGUAUCGGCUCCCGAUACUAAAAACAGAAACUUGGAGAUUUUGGAGCGAGCGAAAAUGAAACCGGGCCGGGGCAAUAAAAGCCCUGGAGGACUCGGACGCUGGAUUCAUCCACCCGCCGGCCGGCCGGACAGACAGACGGCAGCGCCCGCGCACCAGGAUGCGGCUGGGUGGACUCGCGCUGCUGCUCCAGGCGCUGCUGAGCUCCGGGCUCCCGGCGUUGGGGUUCCCCGCGGCCGGGCAGGGCCCCGGGUUCGACGGAGCCGCCCGCUGGGGCCGGGAGAUGCAGGCGGAAUUCGGGAGCAGCUUGAAACUUGCCAGGAAACUGCUGGUGGAGACGAAAAUCCUCACGCAACAAUUUGUGUCGGAGCGUCUGGCCGGCGCCAGGCUGCCGUUCCCCGGCCUCUCGAACUCGGGGCUCCUGCCCCCCACGAGCCGCACAGCCCAGCAGUGGCUGGCCCUGCCGGCGCUGCGGCGGCUGCGGGAGAUGCGGCGGGCGCUGGGCCUGUUUCGGGGCUACGUGGAGCUUGUGGGGCGCAGGGAGCCCGGCCUGGCGCGGGGGCUGCAGGAAAUCGGCCUGGAUCUGCGGGACUUGAUGCACCACGUCGAUUACCAGGUGGGGGGCUCUGGCCAGCCCGCCCCCCCGCCCCCGGUGCCCCCCGCCGCCCCCCGCAUCCUGCAGCACCCCAGCGAGUGGAGCAACCUGCAGGAGUCGUACCUGGUCCUGCGCGCCAUGGAGACCUUCCUGGGCCGCGUCGUCCGGGACUUCACCCUGCUGCGCGUGGGGGGGGGCUGGGCCCCCCACUGACCCCCCCGUACCCUGCCCCCGAAAACACUAAUCCCCGGGGUCACGCUGCUGCUCCCAGAGCCGGCCAGGGAACCCAGGCGUCCGCGCUCCCGCUCCCCCCCAGAGCCGGCCAGGGAAC